AUUGCUUGAAUGCUGAAGAACGUUGGUGUGCCGUUGGCAGUUGGUGUUGGGCGCAGUUGGGCGUAAACUUUCCUCGCAGGUAAGCUCCAAUGUCUUGGUCAGUCGUUGCUGCUAAUUGAAGUCCAACGGGCGCGGCUAAUCGCCAAAUCAACGAUCGUUGUGUCUUACUCUGAGCUGAGCUGUGCUGUGCUAUUGAGGCAGGCAGACAGGCAAAAUUCGCCAAGCAGAAGCAACUCGCUAAAUAAAAUUUCAAGCAAAUUCAAUUCAAUUGAGCGUGUAACAAUUCAAAUUUAAGAUGCAGCUUCAAUGGUUCGUAUUACUCCUGACGGCAGUGUCGAUGCCGUUAACUUGUACGAGUUAUAGAAUUUUGCUUAUGGGACCCUUCCCAGCACCGAGUCAUUGGAUGUGGAUGGAGCAUUUCUUGAAGGAUCUAUUGCAACGCGGACAUCAGGUCACAACAUUGACUAAUCAUCCCGCCAAGCAAGCACAUGCCAAUCUAACUGAGAUCAUUAUUGAUCCCAAACUGAAUAUAGCCGAACAUCGACCACGUGAGAACAUCUUCAAAAUGCAUUUUACAAGCGAUUUCGAGAACUUGCAAAUGUAUUGGCACGUCGGUUUGUUGAGCUCGGAGCACGCAUUCAACGACCCAAAGGUAAAAGCGCUGAUCGCCAGUCAGGAUCUGAAAUUCGAUUUGAUUGUGUUGGAACAGUUCUAUCAUGAGAGUUUUCUAAUGUUUGCGCACAAAUUCAAAUGCCCCGUAGUGACGCUGGGCACCUUGGGUUAUACUGAUAAUAUGGAUCAUGCUAUGGGUCUGUUGACACCAUGGGCUACCGUGCCACAUUUGCUCGUUUCCUACACCGAUCAGAUGACCUUCGCACAACGCGCUUACAACACUUAUCUAUCGAUAUACGAUGCGCUGUUUAGAAGUUGGUAUUAUAUACCUAAGAUGCAGGAGAUGGCCGAGCGACACUUUGGCGCUUACAUUGACGGUCCUCUACCACAUGUCAUUGACUUGGAGCGGAAUAUCUCGAUGAUGUUGAUCAACAGUCACCGUAGCACUGAUGUGCCACGACCCAGCAUGCCCGGUCUCAUCGACGUCGCCGGUGUUCACAUCAAGCAACCCAAACCGUUGCCAGAAGAUUUGCAAACUUUCCUCGACAACUCAACGCAUGGCGUCAUCUACUUCAGCGUGGGCUCGUACAUGAAGAGUACCGAUAUGCCAAUGGAAAAGAUCAAUCUCAUACUGCAUGCCUUCAGUCAGCUGAAACAGAAUGUUUUGUGGAAAUUCGAGAACUCAUCCAUCGGCCAUCUGCCGCCGAAUGUGAAAAUCCAGAGUUGGUUGCCACAGAAUGACAUACUCGCCCAUCCGAAUGUGAAAGUCUUCAUCUCGCAUGGUGGCAUCUUCGGUACACAAGAGAGCAUACAUUGGGGUGUGCCGAUGUUGUGUAUACCCUUCUUCGGCGAUCAGUUCCGCAACUCGAUACGUUCUGUGCAAGAUGGUUAUGCGCGUUGGUUGCACUUCGGCCAAAUGACCAGUGAUGAUUUGGUGCAGAAUCUACGCUUGCUGAUCAAUGAUCCCAGCUAUAAACAGAAAGCCAUGGAACUGUCACGCAAAUUCCGCGAUAAUCUCGUCGAUCCGCUGGAGGAGGCUUCCUUUUGGAUGGAAUAUGUCGUCCGACAUAAGGGUGCGCCACAUUUGAAAUCUCACGGCGCCUUCAUGCCGCUCUAUCAGUAUUUGUUGUUGGAUGUUUUCGGUUGUGCGUUGGUGUUGUUGUUCUUGGCAGUGUGGUUGCCAUUGCGCAUUUUGGAAUUGAGGACGCCGCUAGCUGCUUGGUUAGAGAAAUUCAUUUGCUUUAGCAAAGCUAAAGGGCAACCCACGAAAGCGAUACAAAUCGAUCUGAAAGCGAGCAAUAAAUAUCGUUAUGCGGGAUAAUACACUUCAAGCCAGCACUAACAUAAGGCUAUGUCGAGUUAAAUUAUUUUUGAAGCAGCGCACAUUUAGGCGCUUCAGCAUUUACGCAU